UCCAAGGUGAAGGUUAUCGAAGAAUUUCUUUUCCCAAGAUGCUGUCGACAACUCGAGUUCAGGGAAUCCUGGCUACUGCCUGCAGAUCUCAUUCUGUACGGAAUGUGGCUCGGGCGCUGUGGACAGGGAAGGACUCCCUCGCGGAGGAUGACCCAGACAUGAUGGCGAUUAUGAAGAAAGAGAAGGCCAGACAAGUCAGCGGAUUGGAGCUGAUCGCAUCAGAGAACUUUGCCAGUCGAGCAGUAAUGGAGGCCCUGGGUUCCUGUCUCACAAACAAGUAUUCUGAAGGUUAUCCUGGAGCUCGAUACUAUGGGGGCAACCAGUUUAUUGACGAAGUGGAAACACUUUGCCAGCAAAGAGCACUCAAGCUUUUCCGGCUGGAUCCGAAAAAGUGGGGCGUCAACGUCCAGCCUUACUCUGGCAGUCCGGCAAAUUUUGAGGUGUUUACUGGACUUUUGAAACCCCACGACCGUAUCAUGGGACUUGACCUGCCUGACGGUGGCCAUCUCACCCACGGUUUCCAGACAGACACAAAAAGAAUCUCCGCCACCUCUAUCUACUUCGAGUCGAUGCCUUACAGAAUCAAUCCCCAGACUGGUUAUAUUGACUAUGAGAAAAUGAGAGAGUCGGCAAAGCUGUUCCGCCCCAAACUGAUCGUAGCUGGAACUACGGCCUACUCCAGACUGCUCAACUACCAGGCAUACAAAGAGAUUUGUGACGAAGUGAAUGCCAUCAUGAUGGCCGACAUGGCCCACAUUUCUGGCCUGGUAGCGGCCGACGUCAUUCCCAGUCCAUUUGAUUACGCUGAUAUAGUGACAUCUACUACCCAUAAAACACUACGAGGACCUAGAUCUGGAAUCAUCUUUUACCGUAAAGGUGUGAAGGGCGUAGACAAGAAGGGAAAUGAGAUAAAGUAUGAUCUGGAGAAGAAGAUCAACAACGCUGUGUUCCCGGCCCUCCAAGGAGGGCCACAUCAACACCAGAUAGCCGCUGUAGCGGUGGCACUCAAGCAGGCCAUGAGUCCAGAAUUCAAAGAAUACCAGCAGCAGGUUAUCAAGAAUGCACAAACGAUGGCCAGUGCCUUGAUGAGCAGGGGAUAUGAUGUCUUAACUGGAGGGACAGACAUCCACCUGAUCUUGUUGGACUUGAAGCCAAACGGCACAGAUGGGACACGUGUCGAGAGGAUCCUGGAACUGUGUGAGAUGUCGGUCAACAAGAACACGACAGCCGGAGACAAGAGCCCGUUCACCCCCGGUGGCCUUAGAAUAGGAACCCCUGCUAUGACAUCGAGAGGAAUGAAAGAGGCUGACUUUGAAAAAGUGGUGGAAUACCUAGACCGCGGUGUACAGAUAGCCAAGAAUGCUCAGAAAAAGACAAAAACCAUCAAAGAAUUCAAGGCGUUCGUAGAUGAAGACGCAGACAUCCAGUCACAGAUAGCCACUCUCCGUGGCGAAGUAGAGGCCUUCUCCAAGAGUUUCUCCAUGCCAGGACUAGAGGAGCGAUAAACAGAACAAAUUGACUUUGUUUCUUUAGCGCUUUCACAACUAUCUAGAUUCAUAUCGACAUGAGGGAAUUCUUCAUUCUUCUCCUCUAGAUCUGCUGUUACGAUUAGACUUUGACAUAAAGACACAAGUUUGUGUUAAAACGUUUUAAAUUAAAAUGAGCUGUAAAAAAAAUAAGCAUAUACCUCUACAAAAUUUUACCACCUUAAUAUGUAAAUAGCUGUCUUUUUAUCCUUGAAUACUGAUACAGGGGUUUGUAUAUUAUAACCAGUUUCAGUGUGACACUAUAAUUAGACCAUUUUAUUCUAUGAAAUUUAUACUGCUUAUAGCCGUACAUUGUCCCAAGUCAGAAACUGGAACAAAAAAUUAGUUUCAUAAUUUAAUAGACAUCGAUCAGUUCUAUGAUGUGAAAGCUCAGUUGUCUAUUUGAACUGUCCAAACAGAUGAUGUGACAUUAUGUAAAAGAUUUUGCCGAUUUCUUCCUUAUGCUUCAUGGUAGAAAUGACAUUGUUGUUUAGAAAAACAGCUAGUAAUGUUAUAUUCACACAUCUUUUAUGUGCAAUUUAUUUGUAAUUUCAAUCAAUAUUUUAAUUAAUUCUUCAAACUAUUCAACUUAUUUUGAUAAUAGGUCUAAAGGUUGAAUGUAAGAGGUUAGUUUCUUACUUGAACCUUAGAAUAUUUAAUUACUGGGCAAGAAAUAAAUGGUUUUAUAAAACUAAUGUAGGUAAGGUCUGAAUGAGUUUAAUAGUUUUACAGUCUGAAUGUAUAAGAUGUUUUUACAUAUUGAGAUUUGUGUAUGUUAAUUGAGAUUGUUUUCUACUUAAAUCGAUAUUGCUUUCACAGUUUAUUUUUAACUUUAAUUUUCGAUCUUGUCUGGUGUUAUUUAACUAACUCUCCUCGUAGUGAGGUUCUAGUCUUCAAAAAGGCCAAGAUUAAUACUAUUUUUAUACAUUUCAAUUUUAACUUCAAAACUGUUAUAUAGUCUUCUGGUCAAGAUUAUUGAGAAUAUUUUACCCGGGUGUGAAAUGGUAUUAUGCUGAGGUUUGUGGCAGUUUUAAAGACUGCCAACAAUUCUAAUUAAAAUUAAUGUCAUUAACAUGAUAAUGAAUAGUGCUUUGCUGGCGUUUUACUAAACUGGUUGACCUAUUGAAAAUUUUGCUCUUAUUUUUUCUUUGAAAGAAAUUUUAGUGAUAUAUGGCAAACAGCUUCUUUAUGUUUUCAAAAUAGUGAUACAGAACUGAAGUAAUUUACACAUUUAAUCUUUUAAAAUAUCCAUGCUUUUACUUGUAUCUGAAACCUGCCGUUUUUAGUUGGGGCCAUUUUGAACACUUUUAUAAUGCAUUGUGCCAUUGCUCUUCCUGUGAUGAUAUAAGAAAUACACACACAACCUUUUAAGAAUGAAUUAGUUCUUAAGUUUACUACAUGUAUUCAAAAUAUUGUACCUUGCUAAGAGUAAAACCAUUUUAGUGAUUUGGAAACCUUGGAUACCUGGUAAGUGUUGGGGGGGAAGCAGUUUGUCGGUUUUGGGUGCCAGUUUAGUAACUGUGAUGGUUUAUAAUAUUCUUUAAAUGUGUUCAGUUAAUCCUUUAAGAUCUGUCAAAUUAUUUUAUGAUGCAUACAAAACAAGUAGAAAUAAAUUAAAAGAAAACAUUUAAAUUUAUUUUCUGUUUAAUUUUGAAAGAAAUAAAGUUCACUUUAUGACAAUUAUUUUUGAUUCUUUAGUAUUAAUAUAAAGUGUCUUCUUGAGUUUUAUUGAUAUUUUUACAUCCUUGACAGAAUAGUUAAGUCAAGUCAAAGUUAGUAUGUUGGUAUUAAUAUGGUAUCAUAUAUACUCUGCUUUGGUGAAGAGAUCUGAGAAAAAAAUCUUUUUGUUUGUUUUUGAAGCUUUUAUGUCACAUAUAUAUAUUACAAAAUUGAUACAAUAAUUUGUGUUUAAUUUUCCCAAAAUGGUGUUGAUCUUGUCAUCGAAUAACAAUCUGUGAGGAGUAUUAAAACGUCUAAAUAAAAUAUAAUGAAAGUU